GCAUUGAACUUGGUCGGGAGUUCGAGUUUCGCGAAACGCGUAGCUACGUAGCCGCCAAAGUAGGAGACUCCUUGCACAACUUGCACAACACACACACAUACACAACUCACACAACAAUAUGCUGCUACAGCUAAGUUCACUUUUGCUGGUGGGCGUGGCACUGGGCGCCUCCAAUUAUCCUGCUGAAUUGCCCCGUUGCCAUCAUGGCGAUACCACCUGCAUCAUCAAUGUUUCCCAUAUGCUGGUGCGUCAAUAUGCGCGCACAGGCUUCGCACCGGCUGCAUUCCCACAAGUGGAACCGUUUCUGGUCAAGCGUUUUGACAUUUCUGACGGGCGCACCGGCUCGCUGAGUCUCAAGCUGAACUUCCGUGAUGUCAAUGUAGAAGGCUUGUCCAGCGUCAAGUUCGACAGAGCUGUAGGAUUCAAUGCCAAUCCAGCCACCAGCAAGUUUGAAAUGUACGGCUCAUUCCCCAAGAUUGCGCUGCGUGGCAAGUACAAUGCCGAUGGACGCAUAUUGAUCUUGCCCAUACGGGGCGAUGGUGAUGCUGAUAUUACUUUGCACAAUCCCAAGUUCUCGGUGAAGUUCAAGCCAGGCACACAGGUGCGCAACGGACGCACUUACCUUAGCGUGGAUAAGCUCAAGGUGCUCGUGGAGCCACAAAAAAUGAACAUUAAGCUGACCAAUCUGUUCAAUGGCGACCAAGCGCUGGGCACCAAUUUGAAUCAAUUCCUCAAUGAGAACUGGUCUGAAGUGUGGACUGAGCUGCAGCCAUCCGUGCAUGUGGCCAUUGCGGAGAUUAUGAAGAGCAUACUUUCAACGCUUUUCAAGCGCUUCGCCUACGAGGAUCUAUUCCUGGAGGAUUCUGAUGAUCCUAAGCCUUGUAAAUAUGGCGACUCCGAAUGCUUACUGAAGACAAUCAACUACUUUGUAAGCGAAAAGCAUAAAGAAGGCGAUCGGAGUAUCAAUUUAGUGAAAUUAGAUCCACUGCCAGUGGCUAAGAUGAACAUAAAUCAAGGAGCAGAUAGUCCUGUCAACAUUGAUCUUACCUUUACGAAUAAUAAUUUGUUAGGCAUUGGUGACAUUACGUUUAUUGGCGUCAAAGGCUUCGGCAAAAAUAUUGACAAGAAACAUGAGUUGAAAUUUAAAGUGCCAAGACUGUCACUGGUUGGACCCUAUGACAUCAAGGGCAAGGUGCUGAUUUUGCCGAUUAGUGGCUCAGGCAAGAGCAAUAUGACAAUGGUUAAUGCCGAAUUGACAUUUUCUUUUACUGGCAAAUCCGUUGAGAAGAAUGGCGAAAUGUAUAUGGAAGCAACCAAUGUGAACUUACUUACCAAACCGGAACGCUGUUAUUAUCAAUUUAGCAAUCUCUUCAAUGGUGAUAAGGCGUUGGGCGAUAAUAUGAACGCCUUUCUUAAUGACAACUGGGAGGCUAUAUUUAAGGAGUAUAUAAUCAUGUGCAUAAGAGUUGGGACUCUACUGAUCCUGCUUGGCGUUUUGUACGCGUCCUGCAAUGUGCGCGCUUUACAAUUCCCUACGGAUAUACAAAAAUGCAAAUUAUCGGAUGAAAAAUGCCUGAAGGAUUCCGUAAAUUAUGUGCUGCAUACAUAUGGAGCAACAGGUGUUAAGCCACUAGGCCUGGUGCCCUUGGAUCCGCUGCACAUUAAAAAGUUUGGCUUGGGCAAGAAGCCCAACAGCCCCGUCAGCAUUGACUUACAAUUUAAGGAUGCCCUUUUAAUUGGACUCAAGGACGCGAUGGUGAAGAAAGUCACUCACUUCACAAAAGAUUUGAAGAAUCCCGUUACAAUAGAUUUGAUAGCGCCUAAAUUAAUUCUCAAGGGACCUUAUAGCGUGGAAGGCAAGGUGCUUAUUCUACCAAUCGUGGGCAAUGGAAUGGCAGAGAUGAUUCUAGAACACUGCAAAAUUCAUGUUGUUGUGAAAAUGAAAGCCGGGACCAAUGCUGAAGGACAGACCAUGGCAGAGGUGCAGGAUGUCAUAAUGCAAGUUGAUCCUCAGAAGGUGCACUACUCGAUGGAGAACUUGUUUAAUGGUCAAAAGGAUCUCAGCGAUAAUUUGCAUGCUCUGAUUAACGAUAAUUGGAAGGAUAUUUUCAAUGAAUUGAAAGACGAUAUUGGGGGCGGCAUGGGCAAGAUCUUCAAGGCUCUACUUAACAGAGCCUUUAGCAAAUUACCGUUAGAGGAAGUUUUCACUGAUGCUAGUUAAAUUACGAAAAGUAUUUUACAUUUGCUUAGCCUUGGUAAGUAUUUCCGCAUAAAGGUAUAAGCCUAAUUUUAUAGUAAAACCAAAUUAGGAUAAGCAAAAUGCAAAUAAAAAUGGACUAGUAAGCCAACGUAAGCAAAUAUAGAGUGGUUUAAC